CGGGCAGCAGCCUCGAUGUGGAGCACAGGUGGUGCUGCCGCCGCCGAUCGCCAUAUUGAGAGCGGAAGCGACGGCAGAGGAAAGAAAGAAAGGGAGGCAGGCAGGCAGGGGGUGACGGUUGGAGGUCCGGCGCCCUACAGCGGAAACGCGCGGGUUUGAAGGGGGGAGGGAGGCCAGGGCCCACACAGGCGUCGAAGAGAGAGAGGGUGAGAGAUAUAGAGGCAGCGGCGGCGGCGGUGGUACCGGCACCUCCUUUCCGCCCGACUGUGGAAGCCGCAGAGACCUGAGCUCUACCCCCGCCCACACCCGACACCGGACCGUCCGCCACUCCCCGGCAAGAUGCCGCUCGCCCAGCUGGUGGACCCCUGGCAGAAAAUGGCUGUGGAGAAGGGGAAAGAGUCAACAUCGUUUCCCCUAUGUAAACUUCUCCACAGCCAGAAACCAACAGAGAGCCCAAACAGGGGCACAACAAUACGUGACUUCACCACUCGAUGUCAGGCUAGUAAUGCUAUACAACUUAACAGUUCUCCACAGUAUGAGCAGGAUGAGCAACAACUGAUAGAUGAGCCUAUGUCAGAGGAUGAAACAGCUCUUCAACCUCAAGAUGAAGCAAAUGAACGGGAGAUACCAAUUACAUGCCUUGUUAAAGAAGGCUGCGAAAAGGCUGACCCAGCACAGUUUGAGAUUCUUAAAGUUUUGGGGCAAGGAUCCUUUGGAAAGGUGUUUUUGGUUAGAAAGACCGAAGGUAGUGAUGCUGAGCAUCUGUAUGCUAUGAAGGUACUUAAAAAGGCAACAUUAAAAGUAAGAGAUCGAGUUCGGACUAAAAUGGAACGUGACAUUUUGGUUGAAGUGAAUCAUCCAUUCGUCGUCAAGUUACACUAUGCUUUCCAGACCGAAGGGAAGCUCUACCUUCUAUUGGAUUUUCUCAGGGGAGGUGACUUGUUUACACGGCUGUCCAAGGAGGUCAUGUUCACUGAGGAAGAUGUUAAGUUUUACCUUGCAGAAUUGGCACUUGCUUUGGAUCAUCUUCAUGGUCUGGGAAUUAUCUACAGAGAUCUAAAGCCAGAAAAUAUUUUGCUGGAUGAGGAGGGCCAUAUUAAAUUGACAGAUUUUGGUUUGAGCAAAGAGUCUAUCGAUCAUGAGAAGAAAGCCUAUUCAUUUUGUGGCACUGUGGAGUACAUGGCACCAGAGGUUGUCAACCGGCGAGGUCAUACUCAGAGUGCUGACUGGUGGUCUUUUGGUGUUCUCAUGUUUGAAAUGCUUACAGGUACCUUGCCCUUUCAAGGGAAGGACAGAAAAGAAACCAUGACAAUGAUCCUAAAAGCAAAAUUGGGAAUGCCACAAUUUUUAAGCACGGACUCCCAAAGCCUAUUGCGAAUGCUUUUCAAACGUAAUCCUGGAAACAGACUAGGAGCAGGUCCAGAUGGUGUUGAAGAAAUUAAGAGGCAUGGUUUCUUUUCCACUAUUGAUUGGAAUAAAUUGUGCAGGCGGGAAAUACAGCCACCUUUCAAACCUGCAAUUGGUCGACCAGAGGAUACUUUCUAUUUUGAUCCAGAGUUUACAGCAAAGACACCAAAAGAUUCCCCUGGUAUUCCACCUAGUGCCAAUGCUCAUCAGCUCUUUCGUGGAUUCAGUUUUGUGGCUAAUACCUCAGAGGAUGAGCCCCAGCCAAUGCAAACAGCUGCACAUCCAGUUAUACAGUUGCACAGAACCAGUAUUCAGUUUGCAGACAAUUAUGACCUGAAAGAGGACAUUGGUGUGGGUUCCUAUUCAAUCUGCAAACGAUGCGUGAACAGAUCCACUAACAUGGAUUAUGCGGUUAAGAUAAUUGAUAGAGUCAAGAGAGAUCCAUCUGAAGAGAUUGACAUUAUACUGCGCUAUGGGCAGCAUCCCAAUAUUAUCACCUUGAAAGAUGUUUAUCAUGAUGGCAAAUAUGUGUAUCUAGUGACAGAACUAAUGAAAGGAGGAGAAUUGCUGGACAAGAUUCUCAGGCAAAAGUUUUUCUCAGAACGUGAAGCCAAUGCUGUGCUGUAUACCAUAACAAAGACUAUGGAUUAUCUACAUGCCCAGGGGGUGGUGCACAGAGACUUGAAACCAAGCAACAUCUUGUAUGUGGAUGAGUCAGGCAAUCCAGAAUCGAUUCGCAUUUGUGACUUUGGAUUUGCUAAGCAGUUACGUGCUGACAAUGGCCUUCUCAUGACUCCAUGUUACACAGCUAAUUUUGUUGCUCCUGAGGUCUUAAAGCGGCAAGGAUAUGAUGCAGCAUGUGAUAUAUGGAGUCUUGGUGUUCUUCUCUACACAAUGCUCACUGGUUACACCCCCUUUGCUAAUGGACCUGAUGACACGCCAGAAGAAAUAUUGGCACGAAUAGGUAGUGGAAAGUUUAGCCUGAUUGGUGGUUACUGGGAUACUGUCUCUGAUGUUGCCAAGGACCUUGUAUCAAAGAUGCUUCAUGUGGAUCCACAGCAAAGGUUAUCCACAGCUCAGAUCCUCCGGCACCCUUGGAUUAUUCAUCGAGAUCAACUUCCACAGUUUCACUUAAACCGACAGGAUGCCCCUCAUCUAGUAAAGGGGGCCAUGGCUGCCACUUUUUCUGCAUUGAACCGCACACCAUUGCAGCCCAUUCUAGAACCAGUUGGCUGCUCAAACCUGGCUCAGCGAAGGGGUGUUAAGAAACUUACCUCAACUGCUCUUUAAAGUGACCUCUGAAAACUGGACUUCAUAGCAGCCUUGGACAUGUAACACAGAAGUGUGAAAACUAACAAUUACCUUUAUGCUGCUUUUUGCCUUCUGCUAGACCUGCUUUGAAUGAUUGGAUACCAGGAUUUUGGGAAUUUUGAUGGAAUGUGAAGUGGAAUCAUAUUUAGGAUCAAAGGUUAUUUGGGUAAAAGCAUAGAAAGUUGGCGUUGCAAUGAACACUGUAUUAGUUGUAAAUUAGCAAUAGGAAAAGCACUCUGAAACAUACUGAACUUUUACUGGGAAUGUACAAAUCCACCUGGAAUGUUAUUGUUGUAAUUGAUUUUUUGAGCACUUGAGUAUUAUACAUCCUAUACGUGUUAUCACUGUCAGCCUUGUGCCACUUUUGAUUGUCAUGACCCUGGUUGUAGGCAAUGACUCCAAUUGCAUUUUCUUUUAGAAUAGACAUUCAAUGUUUGUCUGAAUCAUCGGUUAUUUUCACACUAUGAUCAAUAUUCAUCCCCUUGCCUGAAUCUUGAUUCAAUUCAUAAACAACCAACUGUGUUACUGUAAUCCAGAAGGCAACCAACCAACUAGAACACGUAUUAUAAAAACUUUUACUUUUGUGUGAAAGUAUGUUUAUAAAGUAAUCUUACAUUAUAUUUAGUUUAGUAUGUUAUGGUGAAGGGGAUGGUAAUCUUUUUUUGCUGCUCACUGUGCUGCUGAACAAAAUAAGAUAAAUCUCUCAUGGUUUCAUGUUGGCACUCGAGUCGCGGUGAGGGGAAAUUGAAAUUGGUUGAAGAUGUUUUGCUGUGUAUCCAUUAUUCCUUCAGCUCUUCCAUUCUUUACAUAGUACUUUCAAGAUAUUGUAGUCUUUAAUAGAUUACUUAUCAUUGGGAUUGCAAUAUAUUCAAAUAAUGCACAUUAAGUGUUGUCAUACAGCUAUCAAAGCUUGAAGGGAAGUUGUAAAGUUGAUGGAUGUAAUUAUUAUGAAUUUCUAAAUCUAUUUGGUGAGUUUUUAAAAUGAAACGGUAUCACAGAUGUAAUAUUUUUUUAAACUUCUAUAUAAAAAAAAAAUCAAGCUUUAUACUGGACUCCACAGCGUAGCAUAGCACUGAAGUGGAUGUAUGAGGUUUUUUAUACUGUCUUUACCAAAGUGUGAAUUUGGUAGCUGUCUAAAGUCAGAUUCCGCUGACAUUGCUGGGCAAUGCUGCCAUUUUAACUGGAAUGACCAGAAUAGUCAAUGCUGGAAAAGAUUGACUUAAUUGUGCCUCAUUCUGGUACAGCAUCAGAAUGUUUUCAUUUUAAUUUAAUCUUGCCUUGGCUGAUUUGAGGUGAAAUUGAAAUGAAAACAGAAUUUUUUUAACAUUACUCAUGUCACUCCUUAUGGGCUGGAAAUUUUGUAAUCAUGCAGGAAAACCAAUUUAUACAAGAUAAAUCUUCAAACAUUAAAAUUGUGGUAUAAUUUA